UUGAUCGUCAAACUUGUAGAAAAUUAAUUAUUGCCCACUUUCUCUCUCUGCUUUUUCUUUCUGGGAAGAGAUAUUGAUUCUUGGGGAAAAACAAAGUUUCAAAUAAUUUUUUUUUUGCUUUGAUUCCAUUUCCAUUCCAUAAUUGCAUCUAAUUCUUCUACCCUAACCCUUUUCUUCUUUACUAUUCAACAAUUCCUUAGUCCACAUGAAGUUAGAGAAAAAAAAAUCCAAGAAAUAGCGACAGACACCCUCUAACCUUCUGAAUUUGUAACCCUAAAAUCCAAGCCUUCAAGAAAAACCAUCGGGGUGUCAAUUCCCUGACCUUUCUUCCAGUGAAUUUCCAAAAUUUUCGGCGAUUAUGUCAAAUCCUUGGUGGACGAACCAAAGUGGUUUAGCCGGCAUGGUGGACCACUCAACCUCCUCCAGCCAUCACCACCAAAGUCUUCUUACAAAAGGAGAUCUUGGUAUAGCUAUGAAUCCGAGCCAAGAAAACGACCAAGAUGACGAAGACGACCCUAGAGAAGGAGCGGUCGAAGUGGUCAACCGUAGACCAAGAGGCAGACCACCAGGAUCCAAAAACAAACCCAAAGCUCCAGUCUUUGUGACAAGAGAUAGCCCGAACGCACUCCAUAGCCAUGUCAUGGAGAUCUCCGACGGCAGCGACGUCGCCGACACAAUCGCUCACUUCUCAAGACGCAGGCAACGCGGCGUUUGCGUUAUUAGCGGAACAGGCUCAGUAGCCAACGUCACCCUCCGUCAAGCUGCCGCACCAGGAGGGGUCGUCUCACUCCAGGGAAGGUUCGAGAUCUUAUCUUUAACCGGUGCUUUUCUUCCUGGACCUGCCCCACCCGGAUCAACUGGUUUAACGGUUUACUUAGCCGGGGUCCAAGGGCAGGUUCUUGGAGGUAGCGUUGUGGGCCCUCUUGUGGCCAUAGGGUCAGUCAUGGUUAUUGCUGCAACUUUCUCUAACGCUACUUAUGAGAGGUUGCCUAUUGAAGAUGAGGAAGACGGUGGUGGUGGUGCCGUUGGCGGCUCAAGACAGAUUCAUGGAGGCGGAGACUCGCCGCCCGGAAUCGGGAGUAGCCUGCCUGAUCCGUCGGGGAUGGCUGGACCGGGCUAUAAUUUACCACCGCAUCUGAUUCCAAAUGGAGCUGGUCAGCUAGGGCACGAACCGUAUAAUUGGGUUCAUGCACGACCACCAUACUGACUCUGUGAGCCAUUUCUAUAAUCUUUAUAAAUAAUAAAUAUAGAGAUGGAUAUAAGUGAUUGAGGUACAGUCUUGUGGUCUUUGUAUUCUAAACCUUGUUGUUAAAAUAAAUAACAAAGCGCUCUUAUUGGAAACUUGAGGCCUGGAAGGUAAAAACGGGACGAAGGGAAUAUCGGAUUUCAAUGAAUAAACAAUGUACUCAAAUUAGAAUAUUUGUCAUUUUAUUUUUGUUUCGGAGUAUUCAACUAGAAUAUUUGUAAGUGUUUGCU